UGUCAAAUGCAGAGUAUAUUCUUUACGUAUAAGAGAGGAGACACUCGAGAAACCAGCCCAUCCAUAUCAUUUCACUAUCGAUCCAUCGAAGCAUUUGAGAAAAAGCCGCUUUCGUAACCACAACACUUUACCAUCUCUGACACCAUGAAGUAUAUGGUCAUUGUCCUCCUGAGCGGGCUAGCCGCCGCUGCUGCAAUCCCUCGCGCAGUUCAAGACUCAGACGAAGCGGUUGUUUAUCCCGCUGAGGUUGACCAGUCGUGGAUUGAUUCUCGUGAAGUUGAUUCCGAUGAGGCUGUAGUCUAUCCUGCUGAGGUAGACCAGUCUUGGAUCGAUUCCCGUGAAGUUGAUUCAGACGAAGCCGUGGUAUACCCCGCCGAGGUAGACCAGUCUUGGAUUGAUUCUCGUGAAGUUGAUUCAGAUGAAGCCGUGGUAUACCCUGCCGAGGUAGACCAGUCAUGGAUCGAUACUGCAUAGAAGACCUUGGGAUGAAAGUUGCCUCUGUUAUUUGCUCGACUCAUGUUACUAGUUAGUCCUAGGUAGCUUAUCAUGUAGCAAAUAGCUAGAAAUUUGCAAAGAAAAAAAAAAACUACAGUCCGAUGAAGUUCAGAAAUAACCUAGUAGCUCUUGCACACCAUAAAUUUACAUAGCCUUAACAACUGCACAUUGACCCUUAAACUAUGACGAUGCUUUUUUGUGACCAGCAUGCUAGGUCGGUCAUGCGAUGCAUGUGUAACAGUAUGAUGGGGUAAAUGGCGGUAUGGUCAAUGCCAAUGAAGCGCAACGUCCUUAUCAUCCA